UGGAUCAGGUCCGCCCAAUCAAAAGGUCAAUUGAUAUACUUUGGUGACAAAGGGAAAUAAUCAUGAUGAGUGAGUUUCUCGAUAGGGAAUAGAUUGUCCAUCUGGGAUGGUCUUCGACGGCGUAGGACCCUGAAAAUGGAAACGAAGUGAUGACAGUGAUCCAACUAUUUGUGCGACGGAGGCACUGUAGAAGUGGUCAUCAUUGUCUGUUGUUACUCAUCAAACGUACGUAUGUAGUAACUAAAUCUUUCUUUUUCCCUAGCGGGCAUUGGGUUGUCCAUGGCUAGGUAUUUUAACAUUGAGCCCCUCGAAGAGAGAAGUUGGGUUAUCAAUAACGUGGUGUUUCUUUUCCUCCUCCAUCACGCAGACUUGAAAAAUUCCAUCCAUUCCAUUUUCAUGGUAUCAUACCAAACAAAAUGGUGGCAUGCCAACUAUUCCAAGCCAUAGUGGCUAGUCUCAUGAUUGGGGUUUCUUUCAGCGCACCUCUUUUCAAGCGCGAAGCUGCCACAGUCCUCUCCGAUCUGGAUACUAUCAGCAAGAACCUCGCACUUCUAGACUCAAAUAUACUGAACUUCGAUGGUAGUCGCUCCGAUACCAUUCCUCUCUCAGACAGCACAUGGACUGUCAUGAGAGACCUGAACAAGACCAUACUCGACACAAACAAGUCUGCUACGUUCGACCCGACUGAUAGCGUCACUGUCACAGAAGCAUCUGUUGCACUCGAACCUAUGAUUCUUAGAUCCUUGAACGAUAUAAGCGCAAAGCAUUCCAAACUCGUAUCUGCCAAUCAAGGUGGCGUGGCAUUCGCCCGGUUGGAGUCACUGCGUACCCUCACGGAUCAACUUGCUCGCGCGUUGGAACAGAAAGUGACUGCGACAAAUGCUAGCAACAUCGCUUCUGUUACUUCAGAUGUUGACUCUGCCUACUCGAGCGCCAUUGCACUUUAUAUGACUUGACGGUAGAGGGGUCUAUGUAUAAAUGAAGACGCUCGACACGACUCAAGAUAUAGCUACGGCAUACUGUUUGAAUCCGCCGCAGGAUGAACCAUGCAGCAUACCAGCAAAGAAUUAGUGAGGUCAGCUUAAACAAAAUAUGUCUCAUGAUUUGUGCUAUCGGCGUAUAUUAGAGAUUACAGGCACUGAACCACCUCAGCCCCUUAAAAUAGUCUAUGUACUCACAUAAAGCAUGUAC